AUGGAAGUGAAUCUGCUUUCCAAAAGUGGAAUCCCCGACGAUGCCAUCCUGUCCAUCCGAGCUGGAAGCAUGCGGAGGCAGGCGCAGCUGGACUCUGGGCGUCUCCCGUUCAAGUUUCCCGUGGAGCUGAUGAAGGAAAAUCCUCUUCGCGUCGACAUCCUUCAACAGGUGGGUACUGGGCACUUGGUGACGAAGCCUGGGGAGUGUCAACGGUACAAAGUGACCUUUGGUGACUCUGAAGCGGAAGUGGAGCUGGAAGUCAAGAAGACUGACGGCGAUGCAGCGGCCAAGUCUUCGGACGAGUCGAAGCGAAACCAGGAUCCCGCUGCCAGUGCCAAGGGAGCCAAAGAGUACCUGGACAACCACGAUGUUCUGCGUGUGGUGCAGGCGGUACUCCAGGCUGUGAUCAAAGAAAAGCCGGACGACCCUUACCGGUUCAUGGCGAAGCUGUUCAUGAAUGGCUACAUCGCCGGCGGCGCUGCAGAGUGUGCGACGCAGGAGGCGCCAAAAGCAGUUCCAGCACCCGAGCCCGUCACCGAGGCAAAGCCGCAGGAGACACCAGUGGAGGCACCAAAGGCAGAACCGGUUGCAGAGGCGCCCCCCACUCCAGCCCAAGAAGCAAAACCGGAGGAGCUGGCCGCUGAGGCCCCUAAAGCGGAGCCAGCCGCAGAGGCAAAACCGGAGGAGAGUACCGAAACAGCCGCGGCACCAAAGGCUGAGGAGGCAGCUACAGAGGCGCCCAAGACUGAGGAGACAGCUGUCGAGGCACCAAAAGCUGAAGAGGCAGCCGCAGAAGCACCAAAGACUGAGGAGGCAGCUGCUGAGGCACCAAAGACUGAGGAGCCAGCUGCCGAGGCACCAAAGACGGAGGAGGCAGCCACAGAGGCGCCAAAGUCUGAGCAGCCAGCUGCGGAGGCACCAACGGCUGAGGAGGCAGCCGCAGAGGCGCCAAAGACUGAGGAGCCAGCUGCCGAGGCACCAAAGGCUGAGGAGGCAGCGUCUGCUGCGGAG